AUGUCCUACUCAGACCUUCAAGAUAGAAGCUUUGUGGUAACGGGAGCAGCUGCUGGUAUUGGGCGAGAAGUCGCCUUGAAUCUAGCCAGACAGGGGGCUCGAGUUGGUUUGAUCGAUUUGAGGAAGCCAGACGAGACUCUAGAGAAAGUCAAGAACCUAGGUGGUAAGGGCUAUUCUAUCCAAUGCGAUGUGAAGAAUAGCAAGGGACUUGACGAUGCCAUAUGCUACGUGGCCAAGCAAUGGGGUCGACUUGAUGGAGCUGUUAACAUGGCCGGAUUUUUGGGUGUCUAUCCGCUUGACACUGUGACUGAUGAACAAUGGAAUGAUCUAUUGAGGGUGAACCUUGAUGGCGUGAAAAACUCGGUUAUCUCCGAGCUGCGUUAUAUGAAAGAUUCUGGUUCAAUUGUGAAUGCUUCCAGUGUAGCUGGCCUGCAAGGGAUACCUUCCUUCUCGUCCUACUCUGCCAGCAAAUGGGGAGUGAUCGGUUUCACGAAGAGUGUUGGGCAGGAAGUUGGCAAACGCAAUAUCAGGGUAAAUGCGGUCGCUCCUGGCAUUCUCUACACAGAGCUAUCAAGUAGCAUGGGUUCGAAGGAUGACCUGACAGAGACUUUCGCCCCCCGAAUUCCACUAGGUCGCAUUGCCGUGCCUUCAGACGUCGCGCGGGUCAUUACUUUCUUAUUAAGUGAUGAAGCCCGGUACAUCACCUCAUCGGUAUUGUUUACAAUCUGA